GAAAAGAUGCGGCCUAGGGCCGAUGCGUCGGCGGGGCCGCCAUCGUUGAGAACGCUGGCGAUGCUGCGCUUCUUACUCAUUUUAAUAGGAGUCGUCAUUUUCUUAGCUGGGUUAUUUGUGAUGGCCCCCCAUGCGCAUAAGGACCGCAUCAAACACGACCGGGACGGCGACAAGUGGGAGACGCCGGCGGAGGCUCUGUCGUUUGGCUUCUGGCUCGGCUUGGCGAUUAUGGUCGUCGGGUUGGUAUUUGGUGGUUUUGCAAUGUAUGUGCACAAAGCCUGGAUGGCCAAUCACCCUGAAUUACCGGACCCCUCCACCCUACCGCCGCGACGAAGGAGGGAGUCGUCCUUCAAGGCGCCGCGCUUACCGAAGAUGCUGCGGCGCAAGGACAAGCCUGCCAAGGACGGGUCUGACGACGACGACGACGUCCCGUUGCUGCUGGACCGCCAAGCUUCGGAUGAUGAUAGCGACAAGGGCGUCGAGCUCACGGACCGUGGUAAGCCCGAGUCAAAGGCGCCGGACUCGGACCUGUCCGAUAGCGAGGACGAGGCCAAGGAGUCGACGCCGUUAAGGAGAGACGAGGACUCGGGCCCGCGGCGGCGCGCGGCGCGGCGGCGCGGCGACGACGACUCCUCGAUCAGCUCCUGAAUCAUCCCGGGCGCGUAAGUAUCGGUCCGCAGCACUACCGUACGGGUACAGCUCGUACUGUGGCGCAUUUUUCUCGUUUGAGCUCGUUUUGCUCGACACAGCGUGCGCUAGGCCGCUGACGCCACGCAGGGGCCACGAUCAGGCUGCCCCACGCCGUAGUGAGGCUCGAAAACUCCUGAACGAACGCCAGGGGCAGCACACCAGGGCCGCUCAGUAGCAGCUCCAGUCAAGCUGUACUCCUAGCUAGACGCCCACGACCCAGCGCCAGGCUGCCAAAAGCACAUAGCGCCAUGGAAGGGCAGGCUGCACCGGUCGAGGAUCGCCGGAGCGCGCUCGGCCUCGCGAGCCGCCACGCGCUCGACGCGGCGCGCGUCGACAAGCGGGGCCGCAAAGCCUUGCACCGCUUCGCCGCCUCGUGUGAUGCGGCGCCGGAGCACCUGAAGCGCGUCGUCGACGCGCACCCCGAGGCCUGCGGUGAAGCGGACGACAGCGGCAUGUACCCGCUGCACCACUACUGCAAAAGCCUCUCGGGCCAGUACGACGACGACGACGAUGACUUCGAGCGGCAUCUGGGUAUGUUGGAUACGCCGUCGAAGCCACGCGCUCAGCACCCGCCCGAGAACAACAGGCGCCGCGACCGCCCGGGCGACCCGGUCUUCUUCAGGGACGCGACCAGUCUGGAAGACGUCCGCAAGGAGUACCGGGCCGCUUUGUUACGAUACCACCCGGACAAAAAUUUGAACGGAGACGUCGAGGAGAACUGCCGCCAGAUGCAGCGCCUCCAGGACGCGUACCAGCGGACUCUGCGCAAGUUCCACAAGAAGCAGCCCAUCGAGGAGGCCCUCGCGUGCGGCGACGUGGAGAAGGUCCUCGCGUCGCUCUCCGAGCCGGACGCUGUGGAUGGAGAGGGCUCGACGAUACUCCACCGCGUCUGCGGCUCGUGCGCGCGGCGGUGCUCACCCGCUCAACUAGCGGCGGUCGUCUGCGCCUAUCCCGAGGCCUUGACGCGCCAGAAUGAUCUUGGGGAUACGCCCCUCCACGAGUUGUGUGGCCGGUUCCGCGGGGACGCGGCCGAUUUAGAUGCAUUAGUUGGUGUGUUGCUGGGUGGCUGGCGGUCGUUCGGCGGCGUCGGUGACGUUGAUGACGUGGCCCAUCUCACGAACAACGAGGGCCGGACGCCGCUCCACGCCUUGUGUCGCGGGCAGCGCAAGGUGCAUCGAAAUGUGUUGGCGCGCCUUGUGAUGGCGUGGCCCGAGGCCGCCUCGAUCACGGAUGCGGAGGGCUAUACAGCUUUGCACAUUUUUUGCCAGUACCAGCUCGAGCUCAAUCAUCGCGCGCUGAAGCUCCUAUUGCGCGCCGCGCCGCGCGCCGCGUCCUUGCGCACGCUGCAGGACGGCGACUCACCUCUCCAUCUAGCGUGCUACGCCCAGAGAAGGACCAUCGCGGACGACGCCGACCGCGCCUUCGGGCUCCUCGCGGCGUUCGCGCCCGUCGCGGCGCUCAGCGCGUGCGCCAAGGGCCGGCGCUGCUGGAGCCACCUGCCGUCCGACGACGAGAACUACGCGAUGUGUGUUGCGGCUAUCGUCGAGAAUGCGGUGAGCGGCCUCGACGACGUCAAACUCGACGUCGACGACGAGCUGCGGCAUCGCGAUAGAGUAAAGAGGGCCAUCACGCAGUGCGUCGACGGCCGGGGCGGGACCUUGUUACAUGUUUGUGCUUCUUGCGGCGCGGUUGAUGUUAAGACGCUCACCAAGGUCUUUGAGAUAUGUGCGGCUUCAGACGUGGACAAGGACGGCCGCACGCCGCUGCAUCGCUUCUCCGCCUGUCCUGCGCGCGAGGGCGACGAUAUAGAUGGUCGGAUGUACCUCUUCGAGCGGUUGCUAAGCGAAUCAAUGACGCAAGACGCCCGGGGCGCCACGCCGCUACACCUCGCCUGCGCGAUCGCCGAUGAUGAUGAAGCGGCAAUCACCAAAAUAGAAAAGCUCCUCGCCGUGGCGCCCGAAUCAGCUUCACUAACGACGAAGGACGGCCGCACGGCGGCGCACGAGUGCUGCGCGUCGUGUGCCAGCGAGAUCGGGGAGACCGUCCCGGCGAUCCUCGAGCAACUGGCCGAGGCGGCGCCGCGCGCCGCCUGCGCCGUCGACGGCCGCAAGAAGCGCGCCUGGGACUACCUGCCGCGCCACGACGCGUUAUUUGAAAGGUGCUUCCACGCGCUCUUGGGCGCGCUCGUCGAAGAACCGGAGAAGCUCGCCGCCUCGGACACGUCGGAAACUAUAUUACAUUUGGUCUGCGCACACCACGCGCCGGCCAUCACGCGCGUCCUCAACGACCGCGACGUUCGUGUGCAGGAUAACGCGGGCAACACGCCGCUGCACUGCUACUGCGAGCACCAGGGCCUGACGGACGUGAGCGACGUGCCCGAGGAGCUCGAGGCCCUGCUCGGCGCCUAUGCGGGUGCAUUGAGUGUUGCGAACAAGGCCGGGCACACUCCUUUACAUGUCCUCGCGCGCGCGCAGAAGCCGGCGCCUUCCACGUCUAUCGUGGAGCGGUUCCUUUGUUGUGAAUGUGUUUUGGUGGGCGUGCCGCAUCUCCUACUUGCGUCGCGGCCGAAGAUCGCGCCGCGCGCGUGCGAGCUGCUGCGCCGCCUCGUCGCCGCGAGCGCCGACCCGGCGGGGCUGUUCGCGCGGGAGAACGGGAAGCGGCCCUGGGAUUUGCUGGACGCCGACGACGUCCGCUUCGCCGAGGUCUGCGCUAUUUGUCUGCGGGCGGUCCUGACGGCCUCCGCGGGCCCUCUGGACGCGCAGGACCGCACACCACUCCAUUUGCUGUGCUCGCGGCACGGGCGGCUGCUGCGGCUCGACGCGGAGUAUGUGGAGCCGUUCCUUGGUAGGGAAGAAGCGGCGUUGGCGCUUGACGCCUCCGGCGGCACGCCACUACAUAGUGCCUGCCGAGACGUGCCCUGCGACGGAGACCUGGACGUUGCGUUCUUGACGCGCGUCGCGGGUCUCGGAGGCGCUCGUGUCCAAAACGCUUCGGGCUGGACGCCGCUGCACAUCUUCAUGCAGAAGCACGCGCUGGUCUUGGGCGUCCGGGACGAGGACGCGCCGGCGUGGCGCGCGCUGCGCGUGUUGAUCGACGCCCACCCGGCGGCGGCGGGGAUCGCGAACGCGGCGGGCGACACGUGUCUCCAUCUGGUCUGCGCCGCACAUAAACGGGGUGCGUCCCAAAACCUCGCGAGGUUGUUGGACGUGCUCCUCGAAGCGGCCGGGCCCGCCGCCGAGCGCGCGGCGACGACGCGGGGCAAGGGCGACCGCACGCCGCUCGAAUGGCUCCCGCGCAAGGGCGAGUUCUACGCCGCCUGCGAGGAGGUGCUCGUGAAGCGACGCGCUAGAUGUCUCGAGCUAUUGCUAGACCACUGCCCGGCCGCCGCCUUGGCCUCGCUGCCGGAGAGCGGCGACCUCGCGCUGCACCAGCUGUGCGGGAGCGGGGUCGCGUCCGUUCCCAUGCUCGAGGCGUUGCUGAAACGCCACCCCGACGCCGCGACGACUCGGAACGCCCAGGGGAAGACGCCUCUCGAUUUAUUAUGU